AUGGAAACUGUCACCUGGAGACUGGUCUGGGACAGCAUCCUUCAAGGCCUCUUCCUAAGGAGAGCCAAAGCACUCACCAGCCAGACGAUUUCUAACAUAUUUCUGUCCCCUCCAGCAUCAUCUCUCUCGACACCGCCCAGCACGCCCAAGCCGAUAUCCGAUCCCUCUCCCUCGACGGACUUCGACAUCGUAGCCUUCUACAACGACUUGAUCAACAGUGAUGCGACAAUGACUCCUCCCAUCGCCGCGAUAGAAUCGCUGAUUUCGCUGCUCGCCAACACCCCACUGACCACCAUCUCCGAGACGCUGGCUCUGCUGUCGACGCAUUCAAGCAAACUACUGGCGUCGCAACGCAACCCGAUCCCGUUAUCAGCCGGCACAGAACUGUUCCAGCGAUACCUGGUGAGCUCAUUCCAACAACGACCAUCAUCACUCGCCAAUUCCGACUUCACCACUCUCCGCCACCACAUCCUCAGCAACUCGUCCUUGUUCGUCAAACGGGCCAAUGAAGCGCGGCCGAAGAUCGCGCACCACGCCCUCCCAUUCAUCAAGGACGACUCGACCAUCAUCACCUACGGCUACAGUCGCGCCGUGCAGGCCCUACUGACCCACGCGGCCGAAUGCAAUCGCUUCUUCAACGUCAUCUACGUCUUACCCGCGACGGGGCUGACGGAGCGCCUAGCAAAGUCCAUCGCGGCCUUGUCUGAACUUUCCAUCCCCACCGCCACUAUCUCUCUGCAGGCCUUGACCUACGCAUUGGCUUCACUGGCUCCGUCGGCUCCUCCGCCGCAAUUCAUUGUGGGCGCCACUGCUGUUCUGGAAAACGGGUCCAUCGUCACCGAGCUCGGCAUGCAUCAGCUGGCCUUGAUCGCCAAAUCCGUCUCAAUCCCGCUCCAUGUCGCGGUUGAAUCGUAUAAAUUCGUCCGCAACUUCCCUCUGGGCUAUGGGCCGAGCGACCUGGCCCGGCUGGGCGUCAAGCAGGAUGUUCUGCGCUUUGAGGACGGCGUCUCGCACAGUCCCAGCUCGCAGGCGGAUAUCUCUUCGACAGAAGGGGGAAUGGUCGAGAUCACUCAGCCCAACCUGAUUUCUGCCUUGAUCACCGAGAAUGGGAUUAUGACUCCCAACGCCGUGAGCGAGGAGCUGAUCAAACUUUGGUUUUAG